GUAGUUUGUCCCCCGCAUUCUUUCUUGCCUGGUAGAGAAGACAACUAGAGAGAGAGUUUUAUAACUCAACAACAGCAUAUGCUACAUAUUACAAGCAUGAAAUGUUCCUCACAAAUAUCUCAUCAACCAAGACACAAAUCACCCCAAAAACCAUAACCAUCCCUCUUGUUUUCCUCUUUACACACCCCAUCCAACCCUCUCAUCAUCAUCAACAACCACAACACCACCAACAAGACGGCGACCAAGACCAAACAAGCAUAGACAACAGGUCUUACUGGACCAAAAAGAUUCACUCCCUCUGCACCGCACACCGCAACGUCGACCAAGCCCUUCACCUACUCGACCGCCUCCGCCUUCUCGGCUACCGUCCUGACUCCCUCAACCUCAGCAGCAUUCUUCACGCUCUUUGCGACUCCAAUCGGUUCGCGGAAGCCCACCACCGCUUUGCCCACUCCAUUGCUUCGGAUUGUGUCCCCGACGAGCGCACUUGCAAUGUCAUCGUCGCUCGGUUGCUCGAUUCUCGAACCCCACAUACCACAUUGCGUCUUCUUCACCGUUUGAGUCAUGUUAAGCCUGAAUUUGUACCCUCGUUGAUUAAUUACAACCGUUUGAUGGAUCAACUUUGCUUGCUCUUGCGGCCCUGGGAGGCUCACAGAGUGUUCUUUGACAUGCUCAGUAAAGGGCAUUGUCCCAACGCUGUUUCUUACACUACCUUGAUUAAUGGCUACUGUCUUAUUGGCGAGUUAGGUGAUGCCCAGAAGGUGUUCGACGAAAUGGGUGAAAAGGGCGUAGCGCCCAAUUCCCUCACGUAUAGCGUGAUGAUUCGCGGUGUUCUUCGGAAGAGGGACGUUGGGCGUGCCAAGGAAUGGAUGGGCAAACUUUGGGAGAUAAUGAAAGGUGAGGAUGAUACGACUGUAAAAUCUGCGGCUUUUGCAAGUCUCAUCGAUUCUAUGUGUAGAGAAGGGUAUUUUCAAGAAGUGUUUGGCAUUGCGGAAGACAUGCCACAAGGGAAGAGUGUGAAUGAGGACUUUGCUUAUGGACAAAUGAUAGACUCGCUUUGUAAAGCCGGAAGGCAUCACGGAGCGUCAAGGAUUGUUUACAUCAUGAGAAAUGCAGGGUUUGCUCCAAAGCUAACGUCCUAUAAUUCUAUUUUACAUGGACUAAGCAAAGAGGGAGGUUGUAUGAGGGCUUAUCAGCUGCUGGAGGAAGGAAUUAAAUUUGGUUAUUUUCCGUCUGAGUACACGUACAAGGUUCUAGUGGAAGGUCUUUGCCAAGAAUCAGACCCCCACAAGGCAAGGGAGGUUCUUCAUUAUAUGUUGAGUAAGGAAGGAGUGGACAGAACUAGGAUGUAUAACAUGUAUUUGAGAGCGCUAUGUCUUAUGAACAACACAACUGAGCUUUUGAAUGGACUUGUUUCUAUGCUCCAGACCCAAUGUCAGCCUGAUGUGAUCACCCUAAACAUAGUUGUCAAUGGGUUGUGCAAGAUGGGGAGAAUUGAGGACGCUUCAAAGGUACUAAAUGAUAUGAUGACUGGAAAGUUUUGUGCCCCAGAUGUCGUGACCUUCACAACUAUGAUAAGUGGUUUAUUGAAUGUUGGAAGAACCGAAGAAGCACUUGGUCUACUGCACCAUGUAAUGCCUGAGAAAGGUUUUAGCCCGAAUGUCGUCACAUAUAAUGCUGUUCUUCGUGGUUUGUUCAAGCAUAAACAAGCAAGAGAGGCAAUGGAACUUUUCAAUCUUAUGGUAAGUGAUGGUGUGGCUGCUGACAGUACCACCUACACUAUAAUAAUUGAUGGGUUGUGUGACUCUGAUCAAAUAGAAGAGGCUAAGAGGUUUUGGGAUGAAGUUAUUUGGCCCUCAAAGAUCCAUGAUAAUUUUGUAUAUGCAGCCAUUAUCAAAGGGAUUUGCCAUUCAGGAAAGUUUGAUGAGGCAUGCCAUUUCCUUUACGAACUAGUAGAUGCUGGGGUCUCUCCAAAUAUUUACAGUUAUAACAUUGUGAUUGAUGCCGCUUGUAAAUUAGGUUUGAAGAAAGAAGCGUAUGAAGUUGUAAAAGAGAUGAGAAGAAAUGGACUGGCUCCAGAUUCUGUGACAUGGAGGAUUCUUGACAAGUUACAUGGCAAUGCGAGGAAACAGUUUUGUGCUGAGGAUUCAACUUUGCAAUUCAUAAAUGGGCCAUAGGUGAGUAAGAAAAUGCGUGAAAGUGGGGAAAAUCUGAAACAAGAGAGCAGUAACAAAGAAGAAAUAAUGGGAUCUUGUUGGCAUAAUGUGAUUUGAAAAGGUUAAAGAAACUGCAGAUGAACUAGCUGACCGCCAAAACACUGUUGAAAUAGAGAACGGAUUGUCAAAGGACUCACUGGUGUACUAGUUUGGAACAAUUAUUCUCCUAGGUAAGAUUUUGAAUUCGAGUUCUAGCAUUCGUGUAGUGUACCGAAAGUAUAAGCGAGUUAGGUCAAUUAGUCAAAACAGUGAAUAUGCCCUAUUUAAGUUUGAGUUCCGCUCUUCAUAAAUUAGAUUAAUUUAGACUA